AUGGCGGCAAUCUCCACGGGCACGGGCACGUUCGCAGGUGGGUGUGCGGUGUCCUCCUCGUUGCGCGCGAAGGCACCAAGGACGGAGAGGAACAGGAGGGAAAGAUGCAGGAGGGAGCGGAAGCUGAAGCCCGUGGCGGCCAUGGGAGCAGGGGACUUCAAGCGACGGAAGGGAGAGCAGACCGUGGGGGCAGGCACGGAGGCCGUCCGGCGAGCAGAUGGAAGUGGAGGACGGCCAAGCCGGGAAGCCAGCGCGGCGGGCAUCCCGCACGCAGCCGGCGCGGCGGGCAUCCCGCACGCCGAAGGUGAACGCGAGGGGAGGUGA